UACCAGCUACUAGAAGCAAGAUGUCCUUCCUGAAAGAUGCUGUGAAAGGGUUUGUCAGUAACCUGGUUAGUGACAUGCCCUUGCUGGGAACCCCCUACUCUAUCAAGGAGGUGGAUAUGAAGAGCUAUGCCAAGUACGGGAUCAUGAAGAGAGAAGACUGCCUGACUCUCUACAGAGAUGAGAGGGGGCAGAGUUUUGAGGCCGUACUGCACAACACAGGAAUGAGUGUUCAAGCUUACAGAGUAUUCCGACUGCCCACAGAGGAGGAAGGAGUGAAGACAUUCCAGCUGUACACACAGAAACUGCUGCCCUUCUAUCAGUAUUCCAAGUCAAUCUACUCUGUCACGAAACUGCAGACACUGAAUGACCUUGUCCAGAAGCACCCGUCCUGGUCAGCGGCACACUUGGCUGUUCAUCUGGGGAUGAUAGAAUGUCUCAAACACAAUGUUGUUGCAGGUGCCCUGAAUCUGGUAGAGAAGGAGAACGGGCGCACACCGCUGCACCUGGCCUGCCUGGCCGGGAACAUGGCCUGUAUCCGGGAACUCAUGCACUGUAACGUACAGGUGGAGAAGGCAGACGGUGAAGGGAACACGGCCUUUCACUUCGCUGCACAGAGCAACCCAGAAGCUCUCGAGAUCCUGUGCUCUACUCGAAGCCCUGCCGUGAGUGCCCUGAACCAGGCCGGGGAGUCCCCUCUCCAUGUGGCCUGCAGAUCUAACCAGCCCAAAUGUGUGCAGAUCUUACUGAACGUUGGGGCUAACGUCUUACUGAUGGGAGCCAAGGGAUACCCCAUACACAGUGCUAUGGAGGCCAAUAGCAUGGAGUGUUUGGAGCUGUUGUUGGAGAGAGAUCCACGCCAGGUGCACACUGUAGACCCUCAGUCUGGUCUGACUGCUCUACACUGGGCCAGAACUCCUGAGUGUAUCCAUCUCCUACUGAGUAAGGGAGCCAAGCUUGAAGCUGUGAGUACUGCCGGCCUGACACCUCUACACUACAUGGUGAAGGAGAACCUCUUCACAUGUGUCCUGGCCAUCAUGAUAUCAGAUGCAGAAGUCAAUGUUAAGGACCAGGAGGGGAACUCCCCUCUGCACUUGGCUGUUAAGACUCUACUUGACAAGAAGUCUUCAGAGAAAGUUGAGAAUGUAGACAUCAUUCGAGUCCUGGUUGUGUUUGGUGCUGAUAUUAAUGCCAAGAACAAUAAGGGUGAGACUCCGCGACACAUGGCCGCCCAAAGUGCCACCGGAAACAAGGACAUACUUGUGGGUAUGCUCCACAUGGUGGGAGCUGAGAGAUGUGCAUCCAGCAUGACUGGGUGUAAAGAUGGGUGCCAGUACGGGCAGGGGUUUGACGGACUCCCCUCGCCUGUGGCAGCGGCUCUGGAGAAAACACACGACAGAAGUAUGGAUGAUAUCCUUGCCAUGGCCGUGGGGGCUUCUGCCAUUGCUGCUGGAUACGACCAAAUGGACGGGCCAGCUACUCCAUCUAAAUAUGAUAAAGUGCUGUGUCUGGAUGGAGGUGGGAUUCGUGGUCUGGUCCUCACCCAGCUUCUGGUGGCCAUCGAACAAUUUACCGGACAUCCCAUUCUGGACCUGUUUGAUUGGAUUGGAGGGACCAGUACAGGAGGCAUUCUGGCACUGGCAGUUGUACAUGGCAAGACGGCCAGAUACUGCCGAUGUCUGUACUUCCGGCUGAAGAAUGAGGUGUUUAAGGGUUCACGUCCGUACAGCUCUGAUGCCCUGGAGGGGUUUCUGAAGGAGGAGUAUGGGGAGACCACCAAAAUGACAGAUGUCACUCAUCCCAAGGUGGUAGUGACAGGUGUGAUGGGUGACCGAAACCCAGCCUGUCUGCACCUCUUCAGGAACUACGACCCUCCCAACCUACCCAAGCACCCCGAAAACACAAAGUGUAUCUUCCAGCCCGUCACCCUACCAUCAGAUCAGCUGGUGUGGCGAGCCGCUCGCUCUAGCGGUGCAGCACCCUCCUACUUUCGUCCAAUGGGACGCUUCCUGGAUGGUGGUUUGAUUGCCAACAACCCAACAUUGGACGUUCUGACAGAGAUUCAUGAAUACAACACCAGCCUCAGACUCAAGGGUUCCCCAGAAGAAGCCAGGAAGCUCGCUGUGAUGGUGUCCCUGGGUACAGGCAGGGUCCCCACGGUGGAGGUCAAAUCUGUCGACUUCUUCCGUCCAAGCGGAGUCUUUGAGGCUGCCAAGUCUCUGAUGGGUCUGAAGGAGCUGGGCAAGAUGUUUGUUGACUUGGCCACAGACUCAGACGGCCGGAUGGUUGACCGCUCCCGUGCGUGGUGUGAGAUGAUCGGCCUGCCCUUCUUCCGCUUCAACCCGCCUCUGUCGGAGGAACUCCAGCUGGAUGAGACAAGCGACGAGCACCUCAUCCAGAUGCUGUGGGACACACAGGUCUACAUCCACCAGAAAAAGGACCGCUUCCAGAAACUGGCUCAAAUACUGUUGGAGUCUUGAGUGCAUGUAAUUUGUAAACUGGCUGGCACUAAGACUCAUUAUACCAAGUACAAUGGUGUCUGGAUGAAGACUUAGUGAUAUCUACCUUGAGUGUUGGUAUCAUUCUCACACAUAACAAAGAGUCAGUACACUUAUGGUGCAAUAGUUGUUCAGUGUCUUAAUGUAUACUAAUAUUUACCAAAUGUACAAUGUACUAGUAUGUUUAAAAUGCAAUGUAACUCAAUCCUUUGAUGUUGAACUUGUAUCAUAAGCUAUAGCAAAAACGAAAGGACUUUUUAUAGUAGCUUUGUUUGCUCAGAAAAUCAAAACUAACACGUAAAAACAUGAAGAAUUGCCUUGUUCUUUUGACUUUUAAUUUUGUAUCUCCACUAUGUCAGAAUAUAUGUUGACUUAUUGGUUGGAUGACUUAUUUGUUAUUAUGAGUUAUACAGUACAUUUGUAUAUGAACUCUAAUGUAGUAUAUCUUAAAGUUUUAUAUCACCACAUAUUUGUCAUAAUGUUCCCUUUGGAGGCCAGUAAUUUAAGGCACUAGCUGUAGGAAUUACCUUCUGUUUAAAAAUUGUAAAAAAAUGUCAAUAUAGCAUUAACUCAGUCCACGUUUUUGCCAAAAUUUUUUUUUCUUAAAUGA